AUUCUUCAGUUAUUUACAGUGUUGAUACGAUGUGGACGAAUAUUUUGCUUGCCUUCCUAAUUAUAAUUUUAAUAAUCUUUGCGGUUUACUUUUGUUGUUGUGUGAGUGCUGCACUAAUUCGGUUUAUACUUGAGCCAACCAUCGCUUUAUGUAAUUGUACCACCAGGCUAGAUGGCAAAACAGCUUUGGUGACAGGAGGUAACUCUGGCAUUGGCUUCGAAACAGCAAAAGAUUUAGCAAAUCGAGGGGCCAGGGUAAUAAUUGCAGACAUUAACAACGCCGAAACAGCUGUUGCUAAUAUUAUUCAGUCCACUGACAAUCCAAACGUAGAAUACAUACAUAUAGAUCUAUCUAAAUUCAACAGUAUACGAUUGUUUGCUGAUAUAUUUAACAAGACUGUAGAUCAAUUAGAUAUACUUGUAAAUAAUGCUGGUUGCUAUACGUUUAAGAAAUACACAACAGAAGACGGGAUGGAUUUAAUAAUGCAAGUCAACUACCUCGGACCGUUUCUUAUGACAAAAUUAAUCAUGGAGAAAUUAUUGAAAUCACCUCAAUGUAGAAUCGUUAAUGUAACUUCUGGUGUUUAUACAAUAGGAAGUGUGGAUUUUGAAGAUUUGUCGGGAAAUCGGACAUCGAAUUUCUUCUUAAGAUACGCGAAUAGUAAAUUGUGUGUAUCUUUGUGGACCAAGGCAUUGGCGAGAGAUUUUUCAUCGAAUGUAUCAGUGUUUUAUGUGCAUCCAGGAAUGGUGACAUCGAAUAUGUUGUUUGAUGGAAAGUCAAGCUACGGUCGGUUUAUUAACGCUACUUUGGGUCGAUAUUACAGAAACUGUUUCGAAGGCGCUCAAACAACAAUACACUGCUGUGUUGCGCCAUGUUUAGAGAAAUACUCUGGAAGGUACUUCUCGAACUGUGAACUCCAGGAUAAAGCAAAACUACGGAACGAGGAGGAUCUAGUGGAAAAGCUUUGGGUGCAGACAAAUUUGUUUCUGAACAAUUACGAAGUUUCCAUAAAAUCUUGUGAAAGUAUUAAAACUAGUUGAAUAUAAAGUUAAAUAUGGUUACUGUAAGUUAUUUUUUUUAAUACUUGGUAAGCUUAUUCACAAAUUGUCUUUUAUAAACUGCCAUAUAUUAAUAUUCAAUGAAUUUUGUGGAGAUAGUGAUUCAAUAUUCAAUAAUUGUUUUACAUUAUAUACGCAGACUGUAACCAAAUUGGCUAUUUUUGAUACUUUAAAUAUAAUAAAUA